AUGAGCAACAUGCUUUUCUUGUGUCGAUUAACUGAAAAUCACCCGCCUAUUAAAAACGAACCUGACAAAGUGCUAUUGCGGGUUUAUUUUAAUCCCGAGACUGAGAGCCAUUUGGUCGCAGAGUCUGUAAUUUUCACGCUUUUUUCUGAGCGUCAUCUUGGUCCAAAACUUUAUGGAAUUUUUAGUGGAGGUCGGCUCGAGGAAUACAUCCCGCCGGACUAUAUUUGUGACGCGUUGGACAGGUGGUUAAAUCAGUUGAGACUAACACCCAGUGGAUCAUCUGAUUUUAUCAUGCCGCAAAAAUAUUUGGAAUGGGCUCCGGAAAAGAUUAGCUGUGAUGACUUGUUGCACGAAAUCGAGAAUUUACGUUCUCUGAUUGUACAUAGUCAAAGUCUUGUGACAUUUUGUCAUAAUGAUUUACAAGAAGGGAAUAUUCUUCUGCCAAAAGGAAGUUCUGGCAAUAUAAGAUUGCAGUCAUCUACUGAAGUAUAUGGAGAUGGUGGACAAAGUAAUUCUCUAAGUGCUUUCAAUCCUAUGGAUUUGCGUCUUGUCCUUAUAGAUUUUGAGUAUGCCAGUUACAAUUACAGAGGUUUUGACUUUGCGAAUCACUUUGUUGAAUAUAGUAUCAAUUAUGAUGUAGAUCAUGCACCAUUUUAUGAGAUUCUUCCUGAAAGAUUUCCUACCGAAGAACAAAUGCUCGAGUUUAUGUAUAGUUAUGAGCGCGAGGCGAAUCCUAAGGUUUCGGAAGAACAAUUACAUGAAAGAGGGAAAAAGAUGAUAAAGGAAACAGUUCCGUUUGUACCAGUUUCGCAUUUGCUUUGGGGAGUUUGGGGGCUACUCCAAAUGGAAGUCUCUCCAGUCGGAUUCGGGUUUUCGGAAUAUGGUCGUGACAGAUUGGGUUAUUAUUAUAUGAAUAAGCAUUUAUUGGAUAAAUUUUUGGACAAAAUCUACUAG